AUGGCAGCCCUUCACACGGUGGCUGGCCAGUGCCCGCCGUCUGAGGUAGGUGUAUUAGAAUUAAGUACGGAUCAUACACAAAACAAUAAUUGGGGUCGAGCGACGAAUUCUCGCCCCUACGCUCGUCCUGAGACCUUGCCCGGCACUCAGACGCCAGUGGAGAAAGGAACGACGGAGGAGGUUCCCCGCGGUAUCCUAAACAUGUCUCUGGAGUUUGCUGGUGGAACCCACGCGAGCAAGUCUAGGGGUGGAGAGGACAGGAGACCCAGGAUCCUGGGAGACCCAGUUAAGGGGGUCGCCAUGAGAGAAGGGGAGGGGCAACAGUUUGGAGCAUGGAAUGAUCUACCAAUCCAGUUCUCUGCUCUGCGACCCCAGCUUCGGGGAGGAGGACUGGCGUAA